CUGUGAUAUUUAAUUUAGACAUUGUAAAUAUCCCCCCUUCAAUUAAAGUAUAAUUUGAAAGUAAAAUGCACAGAAAUAAAGAGUAGGUAGGUUAGUUCCAACUUCGGUCUAGAGAAGAGAUCAAGUAGAACAGAAUGUUGAAAAUCGCCUUGGUCGUCGUUUCCGCCCUCGUGGCCACCUCCUGGGGCUACUCCGCCGGAGCCCCCGAAUCCGUCUGUGAUGAUAUGACCCCAAAACACCCCGUGGACCCCCAGAAGCCCCCCCUCCCCUACACAAUCGCAGUGAGCAAGAAAGAGGCCAAAGCCGGCGAAGUCGUCGAGAUCACGAUCGGCGGCAAGCCCUUCAAAGGGUUCUUGCUGCAAGUCAGGAACGGCGACAAAGCCGUCGGAAGCUUCGACAUCGCCGACACCGACAAGUACGCGAAAGCCAUCAACUGCCACGGCACCGCUGGAAGCGCUGCCACACAUAAAAAUGCUGUUGACAAGAACAAUCUCGUUUUGAAAUGGAAAGCUCCAGAAGGUUCAGGGAAUUAUCAAAUUUUCGUGACUGUAGCUGAAGAUGGUGGAACCUUCUGGGCGGCUCAGCCAAGCCAAAAAAUCAAAAUCAAUUAGUUUAGGUUCUAUACAAUAACCAGAUGUAGUUAACAUUGUAAUUAGCGUCCCUUUUUUAACAAUAGUAUUUUAUUAACAACUGUGUCUGUGAGUGUAGUUUAACAAUAAAACCUACUUGGAUAAAA